CUGUGGGCGUUGACUUUAAUGACAAAGGGCCAAUCAGCACGGGGCUUAGAGCAGCGUUUAGUUCAAAUUUUGUGUUUUCAGAAUCGUAAGAAUGUGUAAGGAUUAAAUUUCUCACCGAUUUCAAGUUUAAAAUUCUAGAUUGAGAUUUAGAUCCUGUAUCCAGCAGUCGGUCAGAUGAGGUGAGAUGAGAGGUGUGUGUCAGUGUUUAUUCUCAGAGGAACAGCGGUAGUAACGGCUGCAGUGUAAACACACGGGUGUGUGUGUGUGUGAGGUUUCAGACUGAAGGAUAAAUUUCACAGAGAACUGAAAGAUCGGUGUGUGAUUAGACAUCAUGCAGAGCAGAACACACUGCUGUAAGUCUAAAGCUCGGGGUAUAGGGAAUGGAGGUGAUAAUCAGGAAGAUGUUCAUCAUGUGAAAAGAACCCCAUCCUCCCCACAAGGUGCUCCCAAAAAAAGAUCUGCCUUUGUUGACCUUACGAAUACCAAAAAAGUCCAGAAUGACGGCUGUGUCAAGAACGGCAAAGCGGUCAAGAAGACACCGACAAGCAAAGUGGUUAUAAAAGCGAACAACAACCUGAAAGUAUCUAAACAACCGUCAUCUGAGGAGCAGUGCAAAAAAUCUGAGGAGCAGCUGGAGCAGCUGGAGCAGCUGGAGCAGUCGAUAUCAACAGACACUGGUGCGUCUCUUCCUAAGGAGCAGCCUGAAGUCCAAGAACAAAAGAUACCAGAAGAGUUUGAUGUUGAUAAGGAGCAAGUUGGAGACUGUUUGAUGAGUCCGGAGUAUGCUAAAGAUAUUUUUGACUACCUCAGAAAUAGAGAGGAGAAAUUUGUCUUGACUGAUUACAUGCACACUCAGCCGGACCUGAACGGAAGUAUGAGAGGUAUACUGAUCGACUGGAUGGUGGAAGUCCAGGAAAAUUUCGAGCUGAAUCAUGAAACCCUGUACCUAGCGGUGAAGCUGGCGGACCACUACCUGUCUGUCACAGAGGUGAGGAGAGCGUCCCUGCAGCUCAUUGGCUCCACAGCUAUGCUCAUCGCCGCCAAGUUUGAAGAGCGCUGUCCUCCCGGCGUUGAUGACUUCCUGUACAUUUGUGAUGACGCCUACAAGAGACAAGAAUUCCUCGUUAUGGAAAGGAAAAUCCUCCAAGCACUUAACUUUGAUAUUAACAUCCCUGUGCCGUACAGAUUCCUCAGGCGUUACGCAAAGGUAGCUCAUGCUAGCAUGGAGACGCUAACUUUAGCACGCUAUGUGUGUGAACUGAGCCUGCUGGAGCUGGAGUUGGUACCGGAGAGAGCAUCGCGCUUGGCGUCCGCCUGCCUCCUGCUUGCCCUCAUCACCAACCACCUGGGAGGAUGGACGGCGGCGCUGCAGUACCACAGCGGCUACACACUGGGAGAACUGGGCCCGCUGGUGAGGAGCCUGUACGCCAUGCUGGCCAGUCCUGCAGACGAGAACCUCAGAGCUGUGGAGAACAAGUACUCUCACAAAGUCUUCUUUGAAGUUGCGAAACUUCCACUGGUGCACAUCGAGACGUUAGAAGAGACGCUAUCUGAACCUGGCUUUACUCUGGGUUAAAGGAAAUGUACAGAGAAUCGGAAAUCUGUUUGUUACACUGUAAAUAUUAUUUAUUACUUGUAUAUAUUUAAUUGUUGUAGUUUUGUACUAGCUUUAAAACUCCUCGGGGGAGACGUGACCACGCCUCUUUAUGCCUUUAUUACCACGGCCCUGAUUUUCAAUUUUACUGCCUUUAUCAUACGUUUAAGAUUACACAAUUUCCUCUGUAACAUAGAAGCAAACGGAUCAUUUUAAGGAAAAAAAAAAGCAUUACUAUUUUCCCCGUAAUGACAAAAUCUCAUUCAUUCUGUACACUGGAAAGCUGGAAUAUCUUUCAUCUCCAAUGUCUGUGAUGUAGCUAAUGCUGCUCGGUGUCUGGAAUAACCACUGAAACUCAGGAGAAAGCACUUCGGCAACGUCAGACACAUAAAACAUGUGAUGUCUUACAUGACAAGAGUGUUCAUAACAGCAGCAUUAUUAUUAUUAUUAUGAUGAUGAUGAUGAUGUCAGAUCCUGGAUUAUGAAGUUAAAAAGGAAAUAAACUUUAAACAUACAA